AUGAAGCGCAGCUUGAGGAGGAUGCUGCGCCCGGAGGAGAGAAAGGAGCUCCAGGGCGUUGUCUAUCGCGGAGUGGAUGAAGACAUGGGUUGCUCCAAGGAAUCCUUUAAGGUGGACAUUGAAGGAGAUAUGUAUAGAUUAGAAGACUUCAUGAAGAGCCGAAGAAAACUAAGCAAAUGUGAGGAUGAAAAUGUCUCCCCUUUGCAUCAUGCAGCAGCAGAAGGUCAAGUUGAACUGAUGAAGUUGAUCAUCCAAGGCUCUUCUUGCGAAGUGCUGAAUAUAAUGGAUGAUUAUGGAAAUACCCCACUACACUGGGCUGCAGAAAAAAAUCAAGUCGAAAGUGUCAAGUUUCUCCUCAACCAAGGAGCAAAUCCAAACCUCCGAAACAGAAACAUGAUGGCGCCCCUUCACAUAGCUGUGCAGGGCAUGCACAAUGAAAUGAUCAAGGUCUUGACUGAGCACAGUGCCACUAACAUCAAUUUAGAAAGCGAGAAUGGGAACACAGCUGUGAUGUCCACAUGUGCCAAAGACAACAGUGAAGCAUUGCAAAUUUUGCUAGAAAAAGGAGCUAAGUUGUGUAAAUCAAAUAAAUGGGGAGAUUACCCUGUUCACCAAGCUGCAUUUUCAGGGGCCAAAAAAUGCAUGGAAUUGAUAUUAGACUACGGUGAAAAAACUGGCUACACCCGGGAGUAUCAUAUUAACUUUGUGAAUCAUAAGAAAAUCAGCCCACUCCACCUCGCAGUUCAAAGUGGUGACUUGGACAUGAUCAAAAUGUGCCUGGACAACGGCGCACAUAUCGACAUGAAGGAGAAUGCCAAAUGCAUGGCCCUCCAUUUUGCUGCAACCCAGGGAGCCACUGACAUCGUUAAGCUCAUGAUCUCAUCCUACACUGGAAGUAGUGAUAUUGUGAAUGCAGUCGAUGGCAACGAGGAGACCCUGCUUCACAGAGCCUCAUUGUUUGAUCACCAUGACCUGGCAGACUACUUAAUUUCAGUGGGGGCAGACAUCAACAGCACUGACUCUGAAGGACGUUCUCCACUCAUUUUAGCAACUGCUUCGGCCUCUUGGAAUAUUGUGAAUUUGCUCCUCUCUAAAGGUGCCAAAGUAGACAUAAAAGAUCACCUUGGGCGUAACUUUUUGCAUUUGACCGUACAACAGCCUUAUGGACUAAAAAAUUUGCGACCUGAGUUUAUGCAGAUGCAACACAUUAAGGAACUGGUGAUGGAUGAAGACAAUGAUGGGUGUACACCUCUCCAUUAUGCGUGCAGGCAGGGCGUCCCUGUCUCUGUCAAUAACCUCCUUGGGUUCAAUGUGUCCAUUCAUUCCAAAAGCAAGGAUAAGAAAUCGCCACUGCACUUCGCAGCCAGUUAUGGACGCAUCAAUACAUGCCAGAGGCUUCUGCAAGACAUAAGUGACACGAGGCUUUUGAAUGAAGGGGAUCUCCAUGGAAUGACCCCUCUCCACCUUGCAGCAAAGAAUGGACACGAUAAAGUCGUUCAGCUUCUUCUAAAGAAAGGGGCGUUAUUUCUCAGUGACUACAAUGGCUGGACUGCCUUGCAUCAUGCGUCCAUGGGUGGGUACACUCAGACCAUGAAGGUCAUUCUUGAUACUAACUUGAAGUGUACAGAUCGACUAGAUGAAGAUGGGAACACAGCCCUCCACUUUGCAGCCCGGGAAGGCCAUGCCAAGGCUGUCGCGAUGCUCCUGAGCUACAAUGCUGACAUCCUCCUCAACAAGCAGCAAGCCUCCUUUCUGCACAUUGCCCUGCACAAUAAGCGCAAGGAAGUGGUUCUCACGACCAUCAGGAGUAAAAGAUGGGAUGAGUGUCUUCAAGUUUUUACUCAUCAUUCUCCGAGCAAUAGAUGUCCAAUCAUGGAAAUGGUAGAAUAUCUCCCUGAGUGCAUGAAAGUUCUUCUAGAUUUCUGCAUGAUACCUUCUACAGAAGACAAGUCCUGUCAAGACUACCAUAUUGAGUAUAAUUUCAAAUAUCUUCAAUGCCCAUUGUCAAUGACCAAAAAAAUAACACCUACGCAAGAUGUGGUAUACGAGCCUCUUUCAAUCCUCAAUGUCAUGGUACAACAUAACCGCAUAGAGCUUCUCAACCACCCAGUGUGUAAGGAAUACUUACUCAUGAAAUGGUGUGCCUAUGGAUUUAGAGCCCACAUGAUGAACUUAGGAUCUUAUUGUCUUGGUCUCAUACCCAUGACCCUUCUUGUUGUCAAAAUAAAGCCCGGACUGGCCUUCAACUCCACUGGAAUCAUCAAUGAAACUAAUAAUCAUAUAGAAACAGUGGACACUCUGAAUUCAUUUCCAAUAAAAAUAUGUAUGAUUCUAGUAUUUUUAUCAAGUAUAUUUGGAUAUUGCAAAGAAGUGGUCCAAAUUUUCCAACAGAAAAGGAAUUACUUCCUGGAUUACAACAAUGCUCUGGAAUGGGUUAUCUACACAACCAGUAUCGUUUUCGUGUUGCCCUUGUUCCUCAACAUUCCAGCCUAUAUGCAGUGGCAAUGCGGAGCAAUAGCGAUAUUCUUCUACUGGAUGAACUUCCUAUUGUAUCUUCAAAGGUUUGAAAACUGUGGGAUUUUCAUUGUUAUGUUGGAGGUGAUUUUUAAAACGUUGUUGAGAUCGACGGGAGUGUUUAUCUUUCUCCUUCUGGCUUUUGGACUCAGCUUUUACGUUCUCCUGAAUUUCCAGGAUGCCUUCAGCUCUCCAUUGCUUUCCUUAAUCCAGACUUUCAGUAUGAUGCUGGGAGACAUCAAUUAUCAAGAUGCCUUCCUAGAACCAUUCCUAAGAAAGGAAUUGGCAUAUCCAGUCCUGACCUUUGGGCAACUUAUUGCCUUCACAAUGUUUGUCCCAAUUGUUCUCAUGAAUUUACUAAUUGGUUUGGCAGUUGGGGACAUAGCUGAGGUCCAGAAGCAUGCAUCAUUGAAGAGGAUCGCUAUGCAGGUGGAACUUCAUACCAACUUGGAAAAAAAGCUGCCACUCUGGUACUUACGGAAAGUUGAUCAGAGAUCCACGGUCGUAUAUCCAAACAGACCCAGGCAUGGCAGGAUGUUACGAUUUUUUCAUUACUUUCUUUGUACGCAAGAAACACGACAGGAGGUGCCAAACACUGACACUUGUUUGGAAAUGGAAAUAUUGAAACAGAAAUACCGGCUGAAGGACCUCACUUCUCUCUUGGAGAAGCAACAUGAACUCAUCAAGCUCAUCAUCCAGAAGAUGGAAAUCAUCUCAGAGACAGAGGAUGAAGACAACCACUGUUCUUUCCAAGACAGGUUCAAAAAGGAACGGCUAGAACAAAUGCAUAGCAAGUGGAAUUUUGUCUUAAAUGCAGUUAAGACAAAAACAUGCUAUUCUAAUUAUUAGUUACCCAGACCUUUAGUGGGGUAUCUUAUGGGAGUAGGGGGCUGCUUGAUUUACUUCCGUGAAUGUCAGUUUUGAAAAGAACAAAGAGACUGAAGUUUGACAGAGGCCACUGCAUGGGAAACUGUAGUUCUUACAAGCUCUGUCUCUCUGUCUCUCUCAAUCACUGCCUGUCUCUGUCUCUCAUACACACACAUAUAUUUAUAUUUAUUUAUAUUUAAACACACACAUAUAUAUGCUCAUAUUUUCUGCCAAUCACUAUGUACUGGGACUAUCCUUUUUGACAUGUUGAAGUUGGAUUUUAAUGAAGGGUAAUCUCAUUUGAGUGAAUAAAAAACAAAGUUGUUAGAAUACAAAUCAUGAAGGACAAGAAUAAAUGGAAACAAUAAAUUGAUAUAAAUGUCAUAAUAAAUGUCAAUAAUAAAUACCUGUUCGAUAACUAUAUAACACGAAAUGCCUAUAGUCCCAAGUAUUGGACUCAAACUUCUACCAUGUAAAGCCUUCCUGUGUUAGAACCUGGGACAGAACACAGUAAUUUUUGUUCCCACUAUGAUUCCAUCAUAGUCCCAUCCUUCUCUCUCUUCCCAUCAUAUUUAGCAUCACUUUGACUCAUAUAACUGAAGUCUUAAUUAGUAGAUUGUGAUUAAUAUCGAUGUUCUAACAGAUGUGUUCCCUCUGUAUUUAUGUCAUCAGUUGUGGUGGUUUAAAUGAGAAAUGUUUAUGCAUUUAAACUCCUUAAUACUCCGUUGAUGAUGCUGCUUAGGAAGGUCACACAAAUUUGCUUGCUCUCUAUUUUAUGGAUAUGGACAGAAAUGUGAUCAGCCAGAUUCCCACUCCUGCUGCCAUACUCUCUUCUCCAUUAUGGACUAUCUCAAACUAAAAGCAAAAAUAAA